AUGUUUUCUUCUACUUUCAUAUCCAGCUCAGCACAGCACUGAGCAAAGGGCACUUCUUUGUGGGUGUCUUUUUGCAAAGUGAGCAAUUUCAUUUCAAGGGAAAGAAUAAGCGGGUUAUCAACACACACUCUGAAGAAGGGUCAUGGGACGCAGCCAGCAUCUCUUGUGUGCAGCCUUCCUCUUUGGAUUGCUCUUCUCCAAAGGUAGGACCUCACUCAAAGGCCCUUGAGUCCAGCCUCAGGAAAGGAUCUGACAUUUGUGGAGGUGGGGGAACAAAGACAGAAAAGUGAAGAAGUCGGGUCCUUGAGUGGGAAGAGAAAGAGAGGCAACUAACCAAUUCACCUUAAAAUGUUCAUUGACAGAUCCUUUCCCAUAUUAUUUUUGCCUGUAAUUGUGCUCUAAAACGCUUCCAAAAACCUGUAUGUAUCAAAUGCUUGGAAAGCAGAUGCUCGCCACAUUUACCUUCUGUGUCCCACCCUGAAAGGCAUCAGGCCUCACUGGCUGGACUCUAUUGUUGAACCCCAUGAAAUGUCAGUGCCUUGUUCAGAGGAUAAAGCAGAACCACCAACCACAGGAGACAGGUUCCAUUUGGCCAUCAGGAUCAAUCACCAAUCUACGUUAAUAAUAGCUGUCAUCACCACAUCUUGUACCAGAGAAUUCCACAAGAAAUAUAUUCUUCUGCGUGUCUCUCUCCCUCUCCCUCUCUGCUGAAUGUCCCACUCUUCCACUUCAUUGUACGACUCUAGGUUGUAGUAGUGUGUGUGUGUGUGUGUGUGUGUGUGAGUGAGAGAGAGAGAGAGAGAGAGUAUGUGUGAGUGUCUGUUUGUGUUUGUAUGAGAGAGAGGAGCAGAAGCUGACUUUCCUCUGUCCAAUGUGCAUAAUUUCAUAUACCUCAAUCACGUCCCAUCUCCCCAUCAUCAUUUUUUUUAAAACUAAGACACCACAAAUACAUUAGCUUUUCCUUGUGACAGAGGGUGUUCUGGCCUCUUAAUCAUUUUGGCUGCCCCCACUUCUUUUUCUUUAGCUCUUUGGUGUCCUUAUCGAGAUGUGGCAGCCAGUAGUUCAAAUGCAGCCACACUAGAUUUACACAAUGCUGUGUCCAUCUUAUUGUCCCUUUCCUACUGUCCCUAGUGUGGUAUUUGUCCUUUUCAUUCUGCCACUGCUGCUGAACACCGAGUGAUUGCUUCCAUUGCUUUGCAGUGGGAAGGUGCAGGUGUUUGUGUUUGGGCUGCAGACAUUGUCCUGACGUCUGUGUCCAGAUGUGGGCAUCGUUACCACUCCUUGACACCAAUAAGCCCCUUCCCACAAAACAUUUAAAAGGUCGUGUUUCUGUUUCAGAAGUGGGUGAAGUAGCGCAAUGUUGUGGCUGACUAUUGGCACAACUUAACGUAAUUCCCUCCCUCUUUUAUUGGACAGUGGAAUGACUUACCUUUCUUCAUAGCUCAGUUGGUUAGAGCAUGGUGCUGAUAACGCCAGGGUUGCAGGUUUGAUCCCCAUAUGGGACAGCUGUAUAUUCCUGCAUUGCAGGAGGGAGUCAGCUUAGUACUGUGGUACCUCAGGUUAAGAACUUAAUUUGUUCUGGAGGUCUGUUCUUAACCUGAAACUGUUCUUAACCUGAAGCACCACUUUAGCUAAUGGGGCCUCCCGCUGCCGCCGCGCUGCUGCUACACAAUUUCUGUUCUCAUCCUGAAGUAAAGUUCUUUACCCGAGGUAAUAUUUCUGGGUUAGCGAAGUCUGUAACCUGAAGCGUAUGUAACCCGAGGUACCACUGUAGCUUCCUCCUCUUCUAGCACAAGCAAUAUGGUCCAUGUUUUUCAUCACUUAUGGGUGUUCCUGUGAAAGGGCCUUUACCUUACGGUUGUGGUCUUCCUUCGUGCAUCCCAGCUGUGGCUGAUCUUGGGUCCUUCUGAGUGCUAGAUGGACCCAAGGGCUCUGUUUGGGUGUAUUCCUCCACCUUGUCAUUCCUUCCUCAUAGGUAUUGCUGAGGAAUCCAUCACAGUGAAGCAGCAAAAGAAUGACAUUGUCCUCUACUGCGAAGCGGAGGAUAAAAACCUCCCAAUAAAAUGGAAUAAAGAUGGGAAUGCAUUAAACCAUGGAAACUCUAGCCUGUCUUUGGGUGACAUCCUGGAUGACCCGAGAGGUGUCUUCGAGUGCAAUAGCGCACGUCUUCAGGUGUUCGUCCGAAGUGCGUGAGCCCUUCCUCCCCCAUGUGAAGGGACAGGAAAGCAGUGCUACUCCAGAGUCACACAACUGAGGGGGUGGUGGGAAGGGGACACACCCAGAUUUGUGGCCACUUGGUGGGGACCAUGACAACCCUGUCCAGUGUGAACGUGCUUAGCCUGGCAGUUGUGAUGUUGUCAAUGGCUCUGGUGGAGCCUGCUUUCUUUGUUUCCUUUUAUAUAUAUAUAUAAAUUUUAUGUUUUGGUUUUUCAAUUUAUUUAUUUUUGCAAACAUACAAAUUGCAAAAACACAAAUUACAUACAUUUCUAAUGCACAUAUAUUUGACUUCCUCCCUUUUGUGGUUUCCUUUUGAUUUUAAUUUUCAUGCUGCAUUUUCCACAUUACUCCAUCUAAAGUUAUUCUUUAGUUUCUCAUAAUCAUACGUUUAACCACUUGUUUUACAUUAAUCCUGCUAAUGAGCUAUUUGCAUACAUAAGUUUUUCAAAUUUUCCACAAAUUUUCCCCAAUCUUUAGGAAUUUCUUCUUCUUCUUGGUUUCUUAUUACACCCAUUAACCUUGCCAUUUCGGCACAAUCCAUUAAUUUAAUUAGCCACUUUUCCAGGGUUGGUACUACAUCUUCUUUCCAUCUCUGGGCAAAAACCAUUCUAGCUGCAGUUGUGGCAUACAUAAACAAUUUUUUAGGCGGUCUUUUGGUAUCUCACUAUCUACUAUCCCUAAAAGAAAAGUUUCUGUUUUUUUGUUAAAAGUUGUCUUAAACAUUUUCUUCAAUUCGUUAUAAAUCAUUUCCCAUAAAGCUUUUACUCUCUUACAAGAUCACCACAUAUUGUAGAGAGUACUAUCUUUUUCUGGGGCUUGUUUCCUAAUUAAUUGGUUAAAUUAAAUGAACAAUCUUAUUUCAAAAGCAAACAUUUUACUACCUGCUGUUGCAUGGAAGAUCUCAGACACCAUUGGCAGCAUUCAUGGGAGCUGUCAAAUACUAAGUGCCUUUGCUCACAUCAGAUCUGACUGUGAUUUCAUUUUUUAAAGAAGCUGAAAUCAAAUAUCAAAUAUCACUGGAUGUCACACAAUGACAUCAAACUUAGAAUACUUUUCAGAUGAGAAUUUUGAGUGACAAAAUUUGUUUCUGUUCCACUUUUAAGCCUCUCAGCUGGCUUGUUCUUUUGUUAGUGGUAAGUAUCCUGCUAAGCAUAUUGCGCAGGUCUCUCUGCUGGUUGUGGUGCAGCAACAGUCCCUGGGCUCCGGGGUUUGUUUUGUUGGGUUGAUGGGCUGUUUGGAUGUUAGGAGUUGUGUUUAGCUAGAAAACCCACCCUACAAGCAGAAGUGCUUUUCAUUUAGUCCCAGAUGGCAAAUGGCUGUUUCCAGUGCUUUUUUUCAAAACAAAACAAAAUAUGUUUAGGGUUACUCUCAUUUUGACUCCAGAAAAUCACCAUUUUAUAGUUCAAAUCGGGGGAAAUAAAUACAGUAAAUGGACAAAAGUACAUCACAAAAUGUUUAGGGGUAUACAUACCCCUGCAUUCCCCCCCCCCAAAAAAGUGCUGGUUGUUUCUAGUCACUCAGUGGCGAGGGACCAUCCAUUUACAGUGGUACCUCAAGUUAAGAACUUAAUGUGUUCUAGAGGUCCGUUCUUAACCUGAAACUAUUCUUAACCUGAAGCACCACUUUAGCUAAUGGGGCCUCCCACUGCCGCUGCGUCGCUGCUGCACGAUUUCUGUUCUCAUCCUGAAGCAAAGUUCUUAACCCGAGGUACUAUUUCUGGGUUAGCAGAGUCUGUAACCUGAAGUGUCUGUAACCUGGAGCAUCUGCAACCCGAUGUACCACUGUAUUGAUUAUUCUUGUCGUUUAUUAAAUUUCUAUCCUGCCUGUUCCCCCCAAAGGAGCCCAGAGUGGCAAACAUCAAAAUUAGUACAGUUUCCAUGUGCUCAGAGGCACACUCUAUUCAAAUCAAGCCACAUGUGGACAAAACUCAGGUGUGCUUGUGAGCAUAGGAUGCAUUUUGAGUUCUCUCCCUCUUGACACAGUGUGCCAGAAUUGUAUUCGUCUGGACGUUGCCGCGAUCAUGGGGAUUCUGCUGGCCAGCAUCGUGGCUACGUUUUUCCUGGCUGUUGGAGUGUACUGCAUUGCUGCGGGGGAGCCGGGCCGACGAUCUCAGGGUGAGCAUUGGGGGACAGGCAGUUCCUGGGAGAUGGGGAAACAGCCCUGAAAAAGGGAGCAAUGUCUGUGUUGGCAUCCACGCUCCCAUACCUGGUAUAUUUAAUUUUUAAUUGUGUUAAUCACCCAUUUGGAGUCAUCCUGAAAUUUCCUGUUUUGACUUUGCAGCUUCUGACAAGCAGACCCUAUUAGCCAAUGAGCAGCUCUACCAGGUGAGUGGGUGCCUGUGGUCAGUCUCUUCCUCUGCUCCAUGGUGGUGUUUUCCUGGACAGCUCCUCCCAAGCUGUGAAAUGAGGGGCCCUUUGCAUCCAAGAAUUCCUUGACUUCUGCAAAGGUUCUUCUGCCUCAGCCUAGGGUGCUGCUUUGCAGAGGCAAUAUAUUCUUCUGGGAAUCAUGAUUCUGUCUGUGUGUUCUUUUAAAAAGCUAGUUUCUAGCCCUCAUGGCCAGAGAUUAGCCUCCCAAUGGGGUAAAAUGAAGAAACUGUGGUGGCAGAAAAUCCCCAAAGCAACUUCGUUUGAAAAAAAAAUAUUAAAGGAAGAAUAAAUGGAUGAUGAGAACACCUGCAGUCCUUUCUGGACAACUGAAGUUUGCUGUGAUGUGGGGCUUGUAGCAGGGAGCAGGGAGAGUCCUCCAUCCCUUGAAACAGGAGCAGCAGCUGUUUCCAAAUAUGAGGUGUGUUGGUGCUCCCAGCCCUUUCCUCUCUGGCUUGGAGUCAAAGGCCAUUCUUAAGCCUACAUUCUUAAGUGGAAGUAGCACUCAGCCUACACCUAUCCUUCCACAGGAAACAGAGCAGCUUUCUUUUCUUCCCUAGAUAGCAGCCUCCUCGGACACAAAUGCGUAGGCUGAAUCCAAGAGGUCUAGGCACACAAUCUCUCCCAUGAGUAAGCAGCACUAGAUUUAGGGUGGUGGCACUGAGUCAAGGGGGCGCAUGAUAGUGUUGUUGUUAAUACCUAUAUUUAUAUAGGUAACUACAGUGGUACCUCGGGUUAAGUACUUAAUUCAUUCCGGAGGUCCGUUCUUAACCUGAAACUGUUCUUAACCUGAAGCACCACUUUAGCUAAUGGGGCCUCCUGCUGCCGCUGCGCUGCUGGAGCCCAAUUUCUGUUCUCAUCCUGAAGCAAAGUUCUUAACCUGAAGCACUAUUUCUGGGUUAGCGGAGUGUGUAACCUGAAGCGUAUGUAACCUGAAGCAUAUGUAACCUGAGGUACCACUGUACUAAGAAGAUUCACGAAAAAUCAGCUGCACCAAAAUGAAUUGUUGGGAAAAUAAGAUGGGGGGGGCGCCAAAUUUUGUCCUUGCUCAGGGCACCAUAUUACCAAAGUUCGCCCCCAGAGUGAGCAGUUGCAAACGGACAUCAAACUCCAGUGGCACAAUUUUAAGAGAGUUUAUUUUGAAUGAGGCAUACGAAAAUAAGCAUUUCAAGUCUAUUGACGUUCUUCAGCUUACAAGCAAGUUUCCACACUCUUCAGCAGUAACGUGGCAUCAUCCUGCGUGGUCUGAAAGAUCAUGAGGGGAAAAGGAAUUUUGACAAUGUUCUGUUUUUAAGAGCUCUUGAUUCAGGUGGGUUCUGAUUGACGGGUGGCUCUGGUUAGCUGAUAGGAAGAGAAGCCUAGUGCCAGGGUGGGUGCCACCUUUUGGAAGUGGGUAGACUGGGCUUUCAUGACUUCAUCACUGCAGGAGUUGCCCAACUUCCCUCUGCUUGUGCAUUGGAGGGGAGACUAGGGUGGGGUGGGGUGGGGUGCAGGCUCCCCACUUAACACGACAGAGGAUCAGAGCAGCUGUGGGGAACCUUUGGUACUCUAAUAGGGCUGAACUAAAACUCCCACCAUCCCUGUCCGCUAGCCAGGCUUGCUGGGGCUGAUGGGAGUUGUAGUUCAGCAAAGGCAGGGGAGGGGUGAGAUUCCCAGCUCCUGGUCUAGAAAAACUGGGUACUCUUAAAGGGACAGGCUAGGUCAGAACCAGGUUAGCCCAGCAUUGAGACAUUUCAAGUGGUCAGGGGACUACAGGGUGAGCAGCCCUUGCAGCAACUCUUUCAUACAGAGCCUGCUGUAAGGUCUGUGCAUGUUUGUUUCUACUCUGGGAGUUCAUUGGAAUAGCUGCUGGAUUUCCUGGUCUUUUUAAAAAAACAAGGAGUAGACAGAGAAAGUGAAUCUAAGGUUGCAAAAGCUUCUGCUCUGGUAAACCUGCUAAAUCUUUUAACGUGCCAUGAAAAGGCAGGCAGUAGUACUAAGAAAGAAGUGAUUGUGCUGCUGGUUCCACAGAAACUGUCAUUUUUUUUUUGUGAGAUGGAAGAAAUAUUGGGAAAACUCCAAUCUGUCAUGGGCAGGUCAUGACACCACGCAACCUCUUGCCAUUAAAAAAUGAAUAAACAAAGGGCAGGGACUCCAGGCUGGGCAGCUGAAAUGGAUCCAGCCUUUGCUGGUUUUGCUGCAGCAGACUAACCCAGCUGCCCCCCUGGAAAUCCCUGCAGCCUCCAGAUAGCUAACGGGAACCCCCAUCUCCAGUGGCGUCAGGAUGGGUCAAGUGCAGCCGGGGGUGGGGGGGCUUUCAAUGCAGACGCGGUCCGCUAGCAGUCCCAUGAGCCAGACCAGUCUUGCCCAAAUCCUCCUCGGUCAACCUGCAAGUUCCUAGGGCAGGUUAAGAAAAGUACAGACCCCUGUUCUAACUGCAUGCCUCUCUUCCCCUCCAGCCUCUCGGAGAACGCAACAAUGGGCAGUACAGCCACAUCGGAGUGGCCAAGACCCGCCACCGGUGAGAAGGGGACAAAGCGUUCUUCCUCUGAUGUGGCAGCGAAGCGUGAAUUGCUGAUGGCUCCUCCUUUGGCCGUGGGGAGCUCAAAAGGGAAGGUUGCUUCAAGCUAUAGUGAAGGGUGUAGAAAUAGUUUGACUCUUGCUGUGCUUUCAUUUCAAAAUGUAACCCCUGUCCCUACUAUUGAGCUGGCCUCCCUUUGUUCUUCCUUCCCCACGACUUUCCCCUCUGAUUUGGAGGGGCUCCAAUAACUAAGAAAGCCAAAAGGGCUUUUGUUGUUUCUGCAGCAAUCCACUUUGAACAUGGUCUGUUCGCUCUCAGCUGUUUUAUAGCAAGCAAUGCAUCAAUAGAAUGAAAUCAAUAAUAAUAAAGGAAACGCAGCUCUAGUUUCCAACGAAACUGCAUCUCAUCUGUCUGUGGCGGAUACCUUUCUAAAUUACUUAUUUUACUGAAAACAAA